AUGGCGGCUGAUGCCGCCGAAGGCAUGGCCUACUUAGCAUCUAAGAAAAUUGUGCAUCGCGAUCUGGCCGCUCGCAACGCCUUGGAGGUGGUGGAGAAAGUUUGCGAUGAGGACCUACGCAUGUGGAAACCAGAGGGCUGCCCCGAUGCCAUCUACGACCUGAUGAUGCAAUGCUGGGAGGAAGAGCCCGAUGAGCGUCCCAGCUUCAAGGCCCUCCACGAGUCGUUGACGGCGUAUCACAAAAAGGCCAAUCGUGCCACCAUUGUGACUGUGGAUGACGACGAAGGAGCUGCAGCCGCAGCCGACGAGUACUCUCUGCCACAAGAUUCCAUCAUUCGCAUCGCUGCUCCGCAACCCGACGAUAUCAUCGAGGAUUGGAAUCCAUAUGGUCUCGCUGAUGUGGAUAUUGCCAAUUAUGGCCUUGUUGGCAUGAACGCACCACAACCACCGCGCCCACGCCCAACUGCCGAGCCUGCCGAGUAUUCGAUGGCUUCAGCCCCCAGCGCCGCCCAGGAUGACGACGAAGGGCCGUCGUAUGAGAUGACGGGCGGCAACCGCGCGGCCCCCGUUUUGUAUGAAACCACCGAGAGCAAACAGGCUCGCACCGAAGCGCCGCUCUACGACACGGCUGAGGCUGAGCGACGUCCCAGCGUGACACCUUAUUCCAAGCACGGCAUGCGCAAGGAUGAGGCUGCCCAAGUCAUGAUUGCCUGGGUGGAAAAUGUCACUGGCAAGACCAAGCCCGAGGGCGCUGACAUGCAUGCUUGGCUUAAGGAUGGACAGAUUCUCUGCGAGCUCAUGAACAAGCUGCAGCCCGGCUCAAUCAGCAAGGUGGCCACGGGCAACCGUGCUUUCCACCACUUGGAAAACAUUAGCAAAUUUGUGUCAGCCGUUGGUGAUCUCGGCGUGCGCGCUGCUGACCGAUUUGAUGGCGUUGACCUGUUUGAAGGCAUCAACAUGCAUCAGGUCACCAAUUGCUUGGCAUCCUUGCACAAAGUGGCUGUGAGCAAGAAUCUCAUUAAAGCCUAGAAUGGGCAUGAUUCGACGCGCACGCCCAUGUGCCGCUUGCGCGCAGAGCCUCGCCCAUCUCCCUUUAGCACUCGUCAAUGGUCCUUCUUUAGCUAGGAUGGACUUGUUCAGAUUGUUAUAGCUCACCCAGCUUGAGGUCGUCUUUUUGUUUUCUGUUCUUUACUUGAUCUGAGGGCGAGCUGGUUGUGGACCUCUGUUUGCGUUGGUCCUUCUCCACCCCUCGUCUUGUUGAUAUGACAAUUCUUGCCGGCACGAGGUUGCCCCUCUCACUUGGGUCAGAUGCCUCGCCUUUGACUGGCUCUAUUUGAUCACGCCAAAAGUGAGCAAUUUAUUUGUCUUGCUGCG